UUGGUAUAAAAGAAACGACGUCUUCGGAUUCAUCUCGUAAUCGCGCUGUAUAUCGUCCGUUGUCACUUCGACGCAGAUCGGCAUUUGCGACUACUCUGAGAGGCAUCAAUCAAUGGCUAAUUACGCGAAAUUCGUCGUCGUUAUCGCUAUUAUCGUUGGCGUCGUUUGCCGAGAGGAGUCUAGCGAACUCGAGGAUGUCGACAGGAACAUUCUCGGAUUGAAUCUUCCCUACGGCAGAGGACUGGAUAGCGAAUUGCAGCUGGCAAGAUUGAUGCUGAUGGCUCCGCGAUUGUGUCAUCCCAAACGCAAUUCCGAGCUCAUAAAUUCGCUGUUGGGUCUACCGAAAAAUAUGCAUAACGCUGGAAAAUGAAAGUAAUUUCGCUCGGUUCUACAAGAUAAUCAAAGAUAUAUCACACAUACGAAGAAACAGAAAUAUAAACACCUCGUAGUUUAUCCACCAAAGAAUAUGUAUUAGAACGGAACAUGUAGAAAAUCAAACACGAUUUCCAGAAACACGGACCGUGUACAAAAUAAGUCGAUACUAAUAAAUGUAGAAAGUCACACAUA